AUAUGGACAAGAUCAGUAGGUUACCUGAUGAAUUGCUCUUGAAGGUACUCUUGUUUCUUCCAACAAAAGUCGCUGUAAGCACGAGUAUUUUAUCGAAGCGAUGGGAGUUUCUUUGGAUGUGGUUGUCUAAACUUGUAUACGUUUAUUACUCAGCGCCUGAACAAUGGACAUUACGGCGUUUUAUUAAGUUGAAUUUGCCUUUACAUAAAGCUCAAGUCAUAGAAAGCUUGCGUCUCAAGUUUAUUGGUGGAUACCCUGAAUUAAUUAAACAGAAGAAAUCAGACUGUGGGUUGUCAUUGCAGUUUCUCGCUGCGUGCCGUGUUAAAUUGCCCAGUAGUUUGUAUACCUGCAGAUCGCUCGUGGCCUUGACAUUGAUAAAGGACAUUCUCGUGGAUGUUCCUCGUCUGGCUUGUCUUCCUUCAUUGAAACGUUUGAUCCUCCAACGUGUGGCUUAUAAAGAUAAAAACUCUCUUGGCAAACUUCUUUCAAGUUGCCCUAUUCUUGAGGAUCUUGUUUUGGAACCAAAUGUAAUCGACUAUAUUAAUGAAGCAUUUAAUGCUUUAUAUCGUGACGGUAUUGUCUUCAACCAGCUUCAACAUCUCAAGAUAUGUUCAUGUGAUUCAGUUUGGUCGAAAUUACUUCUCCGAAUACUCAAAGAUUCUCCUAAUUUACGAGAGCUCGAGGUCUAUCUAAAUGAUAAGCAUAGAGAUAGUUGUGCGGAUCCAUCAGUUUGCUGGGAGAAUCAACUGGAUUGUGUUCCUCCAUGUUUGUUGUCAAGCCUGGAAACUUUCAAGUGGACAGGGAUAAAUGGAUCGCAAAAAGAGAUAGAUCUCAUCAAAUAUGUCUUGAGAAAUGCUAUUCGCUUAAAAGCUGCAACAAUCUUGUUUCGGCCAUCGAAUACUGCAGAUGAGGAUCAACAUAAUAAGAUGUUGAUGCAUGAUUUGUCACAUUCUUUUCGA